ACAAAAGAGAUAUUCCCAAAUGCUGAAGAAAUUUUCCACAGCAAAUGUAGCUAAACAUCUCACAGAUAAGAGAUAAAUUGGAAUAAACAGCUGUCAGUGUUAAAUAAAUAUCCUGGAUAAUGUGCAGGACAGAAAUAACUACAGCAUCGUCAAACUUCUUUCUUCACUUUAUUUAGCUGUUCUUGCAUGUAGCUCCCAAUCUUUCCACUGCUCCAGUUAGUGAAGCAUUUAUUUUUGAGUCAGCUGCAUUUCUUAAGACAGUAACAACGAAAGGCAUUUCCUGAGAAGCUGCAAGGAUGAGCAGGAAGAAAGAACAACAGCUAAGAAAAUACGGGACCCUUGUAGUGCUUUUUAUCUUCCAGGUUCAGAUUUUUGGUUUUGAUGUUGACAAUCGACCUACAACAGAUGUCUGCUCAACACACACAAUUUUACCUGGACCAAAAGGGGAUGAAGGUGAAAAAGGAGACAGAGGAGAAGUAGGCAAACAAGGAAAGGUUGGACCAAAAGGACCAAAAGGAAACAAAGGACCAGUGGGGGAUGCUGGUGACCAGGGAAUGCUUGGGAAAAUUGGCCCAAUUGGUGGCAAGGGUGACAAAGGAGCCAAGGGCUUAUCAGGGGUUCCUGGAAAAAAAGGAAAAGCAGGCACGGUCUGUGACUGUGGGAGAUACCGCAGAUUUGUUGGACAACUGAAUAUAAAUGUUGCUCGUCUUAAUACAUCCAUCAAGUUUGUAAAGAAUGUAAUAGCAGGUAUCAGGGAGACAGAUGAGAAAUUCUAUUACAUCGUGAAAGAAGAGAAGAAUUACAGAGAAGCCUUGAUCCACUGCAGGGACAGAGGAGGAACACUGGCCAUGCCUAAAGAUGAGGCAACCAAUGCCCUGAUUGCCGACUACAUCUCCAGCAGUGGCCUCUUUCGAGCCUUCAUUGGGCUGAAUGACAUGGAAAAAGAAGGACAGUUUGUGUAUGCAGACAACAGCCCACUGCAGAACUACAGUAACUGGAAGCAAGGGGAGCCUCAUGACCCAGCUGGCCACGAGGACUGUGUGGAAAUGCUCAGCACAGGAGAGUGGAACGACUCUGAGUGCCAGGUCACCAUCUACUUUGUAUGUGAAUUCCUCAAGAAGAGGAAAUAAAGGUGCCAGAGAAUGUGCUUGGCACUUGCUGUGUAUACAAUAACCCAUCCUCAUUCAUCUGCUGUAGAAAGAGAGCAAACCAGGGAUAGCAAACUGAGGAUAGGACUGAAUCCAGCCUUCACGUCACCAGGUUAAACAAGAGUAGCUAAGGUUUAGUCAUCAGUGACCAUAAAGUCAGCAAAGAUUUGCAGAGGGCAUCCAGCCAGUUGUGAAUUUUUGUUUCAUUUAUACAUGCAUUUUAGGGUGGGCAUUUCUUUGUGUAAUUUAGGGGUAAAUUUAUUGCAGAGGUGAAUAUAAUUUCACCAAUGCCAGAAUUAGUAAGCUCAUUGGUAUAUUAAUCUCUGAUGUGAUUUGCAAAGUCUACAAAGUGGAAAAAAAGUGAAAGAGUAUGAUUUUCACUAAUCUCUGAUCUGUGCAGGAAGUACCAGCAACCUCCCUGGUGACUUCAGAGCUGGGAGAAGAGAUUUACAGCUUCUCUUGAAAAAAUCCUUCUUUUGUUAGAAUCAUAGAGUAAUCUGAGUUGGAAGGGAUCUCUGGAGGUAAUCUGGUUGAAUCAUCCAUGCAAAGCAUGGCCAACUUCAAACUCAGAAGCUGGAAUACUCCCUUAAUUUGGCUGUGCAAUUAUAUUGCCUGAUAUGCAUUUAUCUGGACUUCAGCGAAGCCUUUGAUAUGGAUGCCCACAACAUCCUUCUCUUUAAAUUGGAGUGAGAUGGAUUCUCUGGGUGGACUAUUAAAUGAAUAAAGAAUUGGUUAGACUGUGACAUCCAGAUGUCAGUGGUUGAUGGCUCGAGUCCUGAUGGUCAUCAAUGACAAAUGUUGUGUGUGUCCCUCAGGAGUCCGUUUUGGGACCAGUGUUAUUUCAUAGCUUCAUUAAUCAUAUGGACAAAAGGAUUGAGUGCACCCUCAGCAAAUUUGCAGAUGACACUGAGCUGAGUGGUACAGUUGACAGACCUGAAGGACAGGGUGCCAUCCAGAGGGACCUGGACAAGCUCGAGAAGUGGGCGCAUUGGAAUCUUAUGAGGUUUAACAAGACCAGGUGCAAGAUGCUGCACCUGGGUCAGGGCAACCCCUGGUAUUAAAAAUAGGCUGGGGAUGAACAGACUGAGAGCAGCUCUGCUGAGAAGGACUUGGGGGUGCUGAUGGAUGAGAGGCUGGACAUGAGCAGGCAAGGUGCACUCACAGCCCAGAAAGCCAAUUAUGUCCUGGGCUGCACCCAAAGCAGUGUGGGCAGCAGGGCGAGGGAGAGGAUUCUGCCCCACUACUCCACUCUUGUGAGGCCGCAUCUGCAGUGCUGCAUCCUAGAGUCCCCAGCACAAGAGGGACAUAGACCUGUUGGAGUGAGUUCAGAGGAGGGCCACCAAGAUGAUCAGAGGGAUGGAGCACCUCUCCUGUGAGGAAAGGUUGAGAAAAUUGGUUUUGUUCAGCCUGAAAAAGAGAAGGUUAUGGGUGACCUAAUUGUAGCCUUCUAGUACCUGAAAUGGGAGCCUACAAGAAAGUUGGAGAGAGACUUUUUGCAAGGGCAUGAAGUGAGAGGAUAAGGGGGAAUGAGUUUAAACUGAAGAAGAGUAGGUUUAUAUUAGAUAUCAGGAAGAAAUUCUGUGUGAUAUCAGGAAGAACUGCUGUGAGGGUGGUGAGGCACCGAUCAGGUUGCCAGAGAAGCUGUGGAUGCCCCAUCCCUGGAAGUAUUCAAGGCCAGGUUGUAUGGAGCUUUGAGCAAUUUGGUCUAGUGAAAGGUGUCCCUGCCUAUGGCAUGGGGGUUGGAACUAGAUCUUUAAGGUCACUUCCAACCCAAGCCAUUCUAUGAUUUUACACAGGAGAGAUCUUGCUUAUUUCUGCUUCCAACUCUAUCUUUCAUCAGGCUGGUCUGAGUUGUGAGGAAUUAAUGGUACUUCUGCAUACAAGCCUGCACAGCUUGUAGGAAACCUGAGAAUAGGUGGAGAAGUUCUAGUCUCUGAAGUCUCCCAAAAUCUAUGAAAGACAAAGAAAAAUAAAUCUAGCACAAAGAGAACUGCGCAAAGGAAGCAACACCAUUCCUGUAGGCUGUAAACAGCCACAUGUAGUAUAAGCUAUACCUUGUGCAUUGCUGGUUUAACAAGAGAUUCUAGAAACAUAUUAACUCCCUAACUCAGAAGGUAGUGACAGGUGAUGUCUAAUGCUAAAAUCACCCAUGCCUUUGCAACACGGGGCACAGCUAUGCAACAGGCUUUAUCCCCCAAGAGUUCAGGUGUUGUCAAGCAACUUAGUCAUGCACUUCAGAGGGACUCCCCAAAAAUGAUAAGCAGUGAACAUGAAGGCUCUGUGUGUCAGAAUGCCCACAAUGGAUCACAGCUUCAUGUCUUUGAGAAUAUUGACAGACCUUUUUUCUUCAGACACAGCGACCACCUUGCCUUCAGAAGUGAGCCUGUUCUUAAUCAUGGUUCACGUUUCCUCACAGCAGAAGAUGUCAAGAGACAUCCCAGGGCCAUUGCAAUGAAAGUUUCCUUUUCCACUAGACACUAAAAAUUAAGGAAUGAUAUCCGGAAGCUAAGGAGAAUGCUAGACAUUAAGCGCCAUGUAGCGACGUACCCUGCAGGUCACUCUGAGCACCAGCUGCACACAGUCUUCCUCUGAGUGUAUGAAGAGGUGGACAUGUCAUCAGCUGGUAAUGCAGAGGAUCAGCUCCAAGUCUCCUACUACUUUGCACACCACUGCAAAGCCAAACAGACAGUACCCAAAUUUCCUCAACCUCACCCUCAACAGGAAAAUCCUCCAAACCAUUUAGCUGGUUGUUAGUUUGACUCCAGGUUCACCUCUGAGCAAUGACCAAUGCAGGAAGAUCCCAGAAGACUCUGUGACUCAGAACCACUCUUGUAAUCCAGUUUCUCUGACACUUGUUCCUCCAGAGAACCACUUGUUGCUACCAGCAGUAAAAUAUCUGUGUUGCUACACGCCAUCCAGAAAACUAUUCAGAUUCAUGAAUGAAGGGGUGGGACCACAUUUGUUUUCAUUGCUCCCCUACUGUGCUAUGAGAGUAUUUGGGCAAACAGGUUCACUUACCGCAACAUAACUCAACAUGAAUUGUUCUUUCUCUGGGAAUUGAUAUUCCCCAAAAUUAAGCAGCAUUACACUUUUUAGGAUCUAUACUAAUAAACUCAUUAAGCUAAACAUUUUUGGUCUAGAAUCAUUAAUGGGUAAUGAUAGAGUUAAUGACUAAUUUGAGACCAAGUUUCUUGACUAAAAGUAAUACCUUUUAGAAGUUCAAGGCCAGGGUUGCUGCCUCACUCACAGCAGACCAGUUCAUACCAGUCAUGCAGAAGUGUCAUAGUAACAUCCCUGUGGGUAGGCACAAUCAUUUCUCUUCAUCUCAUCUUCUGACCCCAAAAGCCACCAAAACAUGCUUGCCAGACCGGGGGCCAUAUUUUGAAACCCUCUAGCCAUACUGAGACCACUGAGUGACAAAAUUUAGAGGUGUCCUUAAUGCUACAACCAUCAGGAACUGGAUAUUUUCCUGUUCUUUAGGAGGAAACUCAGAGCUGGUAGAAGGUGAAAGAGGAGCAUGACUUUGCUGCAGGAUCAAGUUCUGCCUCAUAUUAGACCAGGUCCUCUCCUACACAUUCAAAAUUAGGGAAUACAUGUCUAAAUUGAAACUCUAGGGGUUUUUCAGGUGACCAUGAGUUAUGAGUAAUCCUGGAGCAUGCUCCACAUACAGGAAGGAGUGACUGUCACAACCUCUGGCUGCAUGGCUGCGGGAAGUGAGUGAGGACCUUGUGUCAGGUUUCUACAAUGGAAAGGCUGGAACUGCCCUCAUCCUCUCCUACCACACCAGCUUCAUCCUUUCUUAAACAGAAAAAAAUAAACAAAACCAACCCUUUUACACACUAUGUAGUAAUGUAACACUGGGCAAGGCUAGGCAGACUUAAAACAAGCAGACUUGAGGUUGCAGUUCCUUUGCUGACUACAGAAGAGGGACAGUAGAGUGGCACAGCAGAUGUUAACCCAGCCAGGCAUAAGUGUGAUCAGGUGCUUGUGCAACCCAUUCCUGCAGCACUAGGUCCCAGUUAAUAAAUUCUGCCAAGAAGCCUAACCCAUAGGCCAGGCCAAAUAAAUAAAGCUAUCCCAUAGAGGAAAAUUGGCAGGCAGGUGCAUGCAGCCCUGCACCAUGCCAUGCAGACACUGGCUUGAGCCUGAAAUACUACAGCUGUGUUUUGCAGAAAAAAAUAUUCUUGUCAUAAUUAAGAAUAUGGGAUAUAUCAAAGGUUUCAUUGCUAGCCAAUGGAAAUUCACCGUGGUAGGUAAAGUAUCUUAGGUUUCUGUACUAGGUGGAUGGAGCCAGGAACACAGGAAAUGGUGUCUGACUAUUCACUAUUUAUGGUCUGUUAGUUCUUGACACUAAACCAUUUUACCCAAUCCCAAUAUUAUUUUUCACAUGUUUUUCUUUUCAUCAUUGCCAGGCCGAACAUUUCUUGUUUCAAUUUAUACCUGCUGUUUCUUGUUCUCCCACCAGUUACCACUGUGAAAAGCUUGGCUUUGUCUUCUUGAAAACUCCCUCAUAGGUCCUGGCAGUCUGCUACCAGGUCCACCUGAAGCCACUUCUUCUUCAGGCUGAAUAAGUCCAAUUCCUUUAGCUCUCUGUCACAUGGCUCUGACUCUAAUCAUCUUGGGGGGCCUCAGCAGAACUCGGCUCCAAGUUUUCAACGCCUUUUCUGGAGGGGCUCAAAAGGACACAAAGUCUAGAUGUGGUCUAACAGGUGCUGAGCAGGAGCAUAAUACCUUCUCACAAGCUCCUGGCUGUGCUCCCUCUAGCACAGUCCAGAUGCUGUUACCAUCUUUGCUACCAGGGCACACUCCUGAUGCAUGAGCAGCGUGCUCUCUGCCAGGACUCCCCAGAGCCUUUGCAGUAAAGUCAGUCAGCCCCAGCAUGUAUUGAUGCAAGGGCUCAGCAUUCCCAGGUGACAGAAACUUUCAUUUGUCCUUGCUGAAUUUCAUAAGGUUCCUCUUGGCCCAUUCCUCCAGCCUGCCUAGGUUCCUCUGUACGGUAGCACUGCCCACAGCAUAUUCACUGUUCCCUCCAAUUUGGUGCCAUCUGCAAACCUGAGGAAAGUGGACUUCAUCACCUCCUCGAGGUAACUGGUGAAGAUGUUAAACAGGAUCUUUCUAGCAUCUAGAUCCCUGUGGUACUCUACUAGGAAACCAGGUAAAUGUUCCCUGGGUAGAGAACAACUAAUUUAACCAUCCUCUUCUGAACCAAAUCAUCCAGAGACCAUAAAAUCCUAACUCAGAUGUAAGAAUGUUGUUGGAGACAAUGUUAAAAGCCUUGCUAAAUGUGAGGUAAAUGACAUCCACUUCUCUCCCGUCAUCCAUAAAUCCAGUCAUAGAAUCAUAAAUACAAUCAGGUGGUCAGGCAUGAUUUACCCUUGGUAGAUCUAUGGUGAUUGUUUCCAAUCACCUUCUUCUUCAUAUGCCCAGAAAUGUGCUUCAAGAGGACCAAUUCCUUAAAGUUCCAAGGGGACUAAUGUGAUAUUGAUCAGUUUACAGUUCCCCAGAUUGCCUUCGGCCUUUUUGAAGAAGGGUGCAACAUUUAUCUAUAUCCAGUUAUUAAGAACCUUCUAUUACCUCCAUUACUCUUCUGAUUUGAUAGAGUGACUCUGCAGAGACAUCUAAUCAGGUUUUUUGGCACCUUGGACCACUCCAUGGUCCAUGUGCUCCCAUGGAGUUUUCUCGUCAAACUCUCUCAAGUAAUCCCUGGUUAAAUACUGUAAGUUCUCUUUGGACCCUUUCCCUAAGCACAGAGGAAUGGGAUAUUUUGGUGGUAAAGAUGGCAAAUAAACUUUAGAACAUCUCCGUUCUAUGCAUGUCUGCUGUCACUGAAUCCCCUCCUCCAUUCAGCAAUAGUUCCACGUAUUCUUGCUCAGGCUUUUUAUACUAAUACAGCAGUGGAAGCUCUUCUUGCUCUGCUUCCCAUGUAAGUCUCAACUGCAUUUAGGCUUUGGAGCCCCUGAGGCUACCCCUACAAACUCAGGCAAUGUUUCUAAAUUAUUCCAUUGUAGCCUGUCCCUGCUUCCAUCCCCUCUACACUCCCUUUUUGUAUUGGAGCUCCACCAAGCUCCAUGUUUAGCCACUCCAAUCUCCUGACACAUUUGCUUGUGGAUAUACAGUGAAUACAAGACAGCUGCUUAAGAUCUUGCUACAUCAUAGGAGGAAUACUUCAGCACACUUCCUGCUCUUUCUCGGUCAGCCAGGAAUUUAUGUUCUUCUAUAUUCUGAAGACCGUCACUUGACUCAGUGCAAGCAUUAUCAUCCUGUUCUCCCCAGGCUCAUAACACACAUAAGGCAAGGAUACCUAUGGUAAAUAUAAUGUUUUAAAAACUAAUUCUAAUAAAAAUGAUCACAGAAUCAAUAUAUCCCAUUAAGAAUACAUUUUCCUCAAGCAUUUUAAACAAUCUCACAUGGGCAUUCAGCAGUUCCAAUUCUUUCUUUCUUUCCGCUUUUUUCACUGCCUUUAAUCACUUUUCUAAAAAAACAGUUUAGCACCUAGAGCAACAGAAUGACACAUUCUUGACCAUAGCCACAAGAAUACGUAGGCAUCUCUAUUUAGUUUCACAUACAGCCUUAAACAGUAUAUUGCAGUUGUAUCUCAGUUGACUGAAAUGGUUAAUAAGAUGCAAUUUGACACCACAUAUGAUAAUAAAAAUAGUAAAUGCCUCACAGAGAGAGGGAUUACCAUGGUUAUUUGGAAAGCAUUGCUCUAGAUUGUCUUGAUUUAAUAAGGUUGCACAGGUACAUAAGCUGUGAAUUGAUAUUUCUUUUUUCCCUCUCUUUUUUGUCAUUUAUUGAAGUCACAUGUAACCUACUCACGUGGGGGAAAAAGAAUGAGCAAGAUCAAAGCAGUAGCUUAAUCUGGGUUUCUUUUAUGCUUGUGUGGUAAGGAAGAACAGCAAAUUGUAAAAGAAUUGUCUGCCUACCUGCUGCAUACAGCGCGCCCGACUGCAGACUCGGGGCCCCACCCACUCCUGGCCUGGAAAGGUUUCUCCAUGAGGAUCUUUCAACACAGGGAGGAAAAGUUUCAGUUGAUUGUCGUUAGGUGGGUGGGACCAGUAACUCGCGUCACCCUGUUUUGCCGGCAGCAGCAACAGCCUGUCGAAGUACAGUGGCUAACCACACAAAACUCCAUGCCUGGGAAGUGUGGGUGCAUUUCUGAGUUCUGAAUCCCUAAGGCCCUAAGUGUUAUACCUCAGCACCCUCAGUGCUAUACCCGUGCUUAAAUCCCAUGGAGGUCCUGUGCCUAAUCAAGUGCAGAUCUGCAGGUGCUGAGCCGUAAAGGGACUGUAGCUUCUCACUGGGUGUGAUGCAGUGCAUCACGGGUGCAUCUGCAGAGCCAUUACCUUCACAGACAGUGCAAUUUCAUUAUAUAUCUUCUCUUUUGUCACAUUUGUCUUUUCUCAUGUGCUUUACAAAAUAGACAUAACUUUAUAAAAGUAGCCAGAUGCCAAUCAUUACUUUGAUUUUAUUGAUGCAGACACAGUUCAAUUCUUAAGAGUAUAACAAAUAAAAGUAAUGUCUUUUUAGGAACAGAUUUCAGUCAUGAAUACCCUGUUCAUUUUCUUCCCUUACUAGAUGCUUCAAGCUUUUGCUAUGUUACUAACCCCUCAGCAGCAAAUUGUCUAGCAAGAGAUGCUAAUUUUCCUAAUUUCAUACAAUAAAAGUCUUUAUAACAGUUGCCCCAUGACAUUCCCUGAGCACGUGGAGCACUCUACUCUGUGGAGAGUGAAAGUAGUCACAAUGAUGAUCGUUCAGUAAAAGGCUAAGUAAAACAGUGCAGAAAAAUGUGAAUACAGAGUUGGCAGAUGCUUAGCAUGUGAACUGAUCAAUUUAUUUCCCCCUGUGAGACAGUUUCUAGGUCUUGAAAAUGCUUUUAAAGUUUGUCAGAGGAAAUCUAAAGGGCUGUCAGUACGUCCAACAAGAAAUUUCAUUUUAACAGCUCAGGAAUACCAGACCUUUCUGCAAGCUCACAUAUGCAAGAGAGAGCUUUCUCAGGACUGGAAGAGGCAGAAAUACAUUUUUUGCAAAACCAAGGACAAAGCAGAACACAAGUGAUUCAUAUGAUCUAUUUCCAGAUACGUACUUUAGUACGAAACAAAUUGUUCCUCAAAUGCAGCCAUUUCUUUCCUGUUUGUAGUGGGAGGUCUAGCCAGGUAACUAGAGAUACACAGAGGCACUUGGUCAGCUGAAUCCCAGCAUGCUUGCUUUCACUGUGCACCAGAAACUCAAAAAGGCUUCAAGUAAGUUAAGUAUUUCUUUUUGAGUAUAGCUAGAUGUAGAAGUGUAUGAACAAAACAUUAGUCCUGUACAACAAAUUACAUCUUCAAAGUACCCUAUAAACCCUAACUACACAGCAAUUAGACUGUGCUACUAGUAAAAUAAGGCACAGAAUACUGACUGACCUAUUUAUUCUUUUGCUAUUAUGUAAAAUUAAUGAGCUGUGUUUUUUGACCACUGAUUCAUCCUUCUUCCAAAUACCUGUGGAUUAAAAUUUAAGCUACUUAAAUAGCUCCACAAAACUACUGGUAGGCAGAAAAUGGCAAGGCCAUUCAAGUAUUUGAAAUGCACUGCUACAGACUGUAAACGCUCCAAAGGAUAUGUGAACAUAAGGUCCCAUUCCAAAUCAGAUUCCAGGGUAGAAGAAUAAUUUUGUUUAAAGGUGCAAGAAAGCUGCUGUUUAAAGUUUGUUUGGUUUUAUUUAUUAAUUACUGCCUUGUAAAUAAAUUACAAAAUUUUCCUGGUAGCCAAUCCACCGUCCCUUUCUCUCCCCUCAUCCAGCACCUCUGAGAACAAGUCCACUGUGAGGAGUUAUUUAUUGUAGUGAAUGAAAACACCCACUACAUAAGAAGAGCAUGUGCAAGAAGCGGAAAGAUGUCAGGAAACAAAGCACAAAGACAUAAAUGAAUACAAGAAACCAUCAGGAACUGUGAAUGAAAUAAAAUAUUCAUUUUCUGUUUGAGUAAAUUCUGUGCUUGUCUCAUUUAAAAUCAUGGAGGGAAAGUGAGACAGUUGGUCUUUAACUUAUUUUUCCUAGUCUAAACCACAUCUUAGCAGACUGCGUCUCAGUAUCAGGACAACAUGAACCACCUCAUCUUCCUUGAUGAUUCGUAAGCUAAACCUGCUAGUAGAACCACAGUUUGUUUUCUAUCCAGAAAUUGCAUACAUAGUGUGUGUAACACUUAUUUCUUCAUGAAGGACGCCAGGCCAACAGGAAUGCAGUUUAACUGGUUUAGGAUUUAUGAAAGAAAGGAAAGAAAAAAAAAAUCAAACCUGUUUGCUUCCCUGUGAAUCAGAACCUACUUGAUCAAAUGUUUAAACUUACCAAAACAUUGUGAAAGAAUCUGGGCCUGGGUUCAGUAGGAACUAAGUAGCUGAGAUAGGCCUAAGA